UCAUGCUCAUGUAAUAAUACGGUGUUCAGACAAAGACAUUUUAUUUAUUAUGUUGGGGAACAUGAAUAACAUCAAAAGCAAUCUAAAUAUCUAGAUGCACGUUGGGACCGGCAACAAACAGAAGCAGGGGAAAAAGAACCAUUUAAAGUUCUACGACAUUUCGAACAUUCCAAAUUGUGAUCUUGAUCAAGUCUUUGUAACACUGGAAGGGUAUGUUUGCCGAUUAUAUGAUAUGACAGCAAUUGAAGAUAUCCAUGUUGCUCGUGUCGUAACAUUCACGAAAGCAUACGGUACGCAUGAGGACUCGAACCCGCUAAAUCUCGAAAGAAGGAUUGUUGGCUCAUUGUUCCCGUCCUGUAAAACGGAGCUAAAACCACAUUGUCUACGUGCGGCAUACAUCGCCCAACUUUGGAGCCAAGCUCGUAAUCCCGUGCCAGCUGAAUUAUUACCUACCGAGUAUGGAUGGGAAGAAAGCAAUGACAAAUAUUUCUUCAAAUGGCUUAUAGGCGAUCAAUUGCCACCGACCAUCACUAGCAUCUCUAAUCUCGACAUGAGCCUUCUGACGAUGUCGAAACUGAAGAAGAUGGUGUUUGUAACAUAACAAUCGUUAACUCCGAUGACCACAGUGAUGAAAAUAGCG